UUCUGCGGCGUGCAGCGCUCUCCGGCCAACUGAGGACGGGGAAAAAAAAGUUCCUUUUUCAGUGACUGAAAAGCUGCAAAUAUGGCUCGAAAUGCAGAGAAGGCCAUGACGGCCUUGGCCCGGUUUCGUCAAGCCCAGUUGGAGGAGGGAAAAGUCAAGGAGCGAAGACCAUUUCUUGCUUCAGAGUGCAACGAAUUGCCAAAGGCAGAGAAGUGGCGGCGACAGAUCAUCAGUGAAAUUUCCAAGAAGGUUGCACAAAUUCAAAACGCUGGUUUGGGUGAAUUUAAGAUACGCGACUUGAACGAUGAGAUCAACAAGCUGCUUCGAGAGAAAGGGCACUGGGAGGUCCGGAUCAAGGAGCUUGGUGGUCCGGACUAUGGGAGACUUGGACCAAAGAUGCUUGACCAUGAAGGCAAGGAGGUACCUGGAAACAGAGGGUAUAAGUAUUUUGGUGCUGCCAAAGACCUACCUGGCGUGAGAGAGCUGUUUGAGAAAGAGCCAAUUCCACCCCCGAGAAAGACUCGAGCUGAGCUCAUGAAGGAGAUUGAUGCUGAGUACUAUGGCUACAGAGACGAGGACGACGGAGUUUUGGUACCACUGGAGCAGGAGUACGAGAAACAGUUCAUAGCAGAGGCUGUUGCAAAGUGGAAAGCAGAGAAAGAGGCCCGUCUGACAGGCAGCGGAGGACCUGGGGAAAAGGAAGAGGAUGAAGAAGAUUACAUUUAUGCUGUUAGGGAUGAUGAGCACUCAGAUGAAGAGAUGAGAGAUCAGCUGGAGGGUGAGGAGGGAUCACAGGCUUUCAUUGCCCAUGUCCCUGUUCCUUCACAGAAAGAGAUUGAGGAGGCCCUGGUCAGAAGAAAAAAGAUGGAGUUGCUACAAAAAUAUGCCAGUGAGACACUAAUGGCUCAAAGUGAAGAAGCCAAAACACUUCUUGGGUUAUAGGAUCUUCUUGAUGUGUGGCAUAGGGAUUAAUAGAUUUGUAAAUACAGUAUGUCUGUAUGCAUCACGUGUUGAUAGUCCAAGUGACAGACAUUUGCCUUUUUCGACAAGUGAGCUUGUUUGUUAAAUCUCCUUCUUGAAAUUAAAUUUGUACAGUUUUGGAUAAACUGACCUGUUGGUCACAUUUAACAGAAAAUAAUUGUAAAUA